GUGCAACGUUUUGCAGAAAUGCGCAAAACAUGGUCCAAAUCAGACCCAGCACUUCUGCUGACAAGAUCACUCUAAGCACAUUCUGUACAAUAACCAAUAUAGGCAUAUUGCAUAUCUAUAUAAUGGGCUAAAGUUCAUCUAAGUGAUAAAAUGUUCUACCUCAUGAAUUCACAACACACUGGACCAGUAAAAUAAGCCCAGUGUGGCAAAAAAGCUCAUAGAAAUAUUUCUGCUUUCCUGUCAGAAGGGCCAGUUCCUGAGAGGUCAUGGGAGGGGAUGAGGUUUUGACCCUUGUUUUUGUUUUUGAUAGAGCCUUUAAUGUGGCUUUCUACCAGAACCUUAAAUAGGUCUUAAUUUGUUCAUUCUUCCUUUUCAAUAAUUGACCAAAUAUAUAAAAUGAAAUGAAAACAAAAUCAGCUUUUUGGUGCCCUUCAAAAGACUGCUGGGAAAAAAAAGUGGAAAGAAAUAAAAAGCAGAAAAAUAAAGGUGAAAUAUUUCACUCAUACAAAUUUAUUUGCAGUUUGUAUUGCAAUUAGUUUAGUUCGUUUACCAAACUGUGAUCUGUUCCAGGGGCAGAAAGUGGAAUAUGGAAAGUGUGCAUCAGUCACAUUAGCAGAAAGUACUAGCAAGUUGGAAUACAUCAAAAAUAAAAAAAAAAUUCUUGUGUUGUUUUUGUGAUCAUUUAGAGAUGAUUUUAACAUCUUUUCAUGACCUCACAACAGCUUCCCUAUCUGCUUCAAAGGAGCUUCCCCAAACCAUGAUGCUGCCACCUCCAUGUUUCCCUAGAUCUAUAAGUAUUAUUGGGAUUUUUAAGGCCUUUCUGUUUGUCCUGAAAAAAAUAAAGGAACAGGAUAUCUAGCAACUCAGCAGGGGGGGGGUUAACGGCCCCACUCCACUUCAACUUUCACCUACUUGAUAAUUCAGCCUUGCACAAGGCGGUGAAAUGAUUUCUUCCAUUUUUAUCACUUCCUCUCCUUCCCAUCAGCUGACUGUUUAAUUAAAAUCCAUAAAAAUUGACCAAUGAUUAUUUGUACAUAAUGUUCCAGACCUGAACUGAAGUCUUCCUUAUUUUUGUGACUUUAUUAUUCUACAUUUACAUUUUGCCUAAACAAAAAAUCAUCUCAGCUUCUGUAAAUCAAUAUUUACUUUCAUAUUUAAAUAAUCAGAUUUCUCAUCGGUUGAGAUGAUUUGCAGCGUUUCUGAAGCGGACCGAAGGGACAGCUUAAAAUUGUACAAAUUGGACGAAUGAAUGGAGUUUGUUGUGCAACAAGUUUUAAUGUCCUCCGCAGCCAUUCCAUUCCACUUUGAUCAGCUUUUAUCUCGGCCCAUGCAAUCGUCUCAGCUGACCAUGCACGGGGGGUCAUAGGUCACUGAGGCAGAGGUGAGACCACUGAGCUGCUCUUUCUUCCCACUUUUUGACACUCUUUGUGGGAAACUUUCAUUCACUCCAGGGGUGUUUUAGUUGAACACAACUGUACGUGCCAAACAAGUGUUUUAGAAGCCUCUGUAAAAGUAAUAAAGCAGUAAAAGUUGCUUCUCUCUUGUCUCUUUUCCUAUCUUGCUCAUUGACCGUCUCAAAGGCCAAAUGUAAACAAUCAGGCCGGCUGUCUUGGAGCCGUGGGCCUAUCAGAGGGCUUCCUGAUGCCUGUGCGAUGUGUGAUUGGAGGGCUAGCUCUGGCUAACUGUGUAUUAACGGGUCUCUGUGGGUUUUUAGUGUAACUUCCUCCUCGUGGCCGCGGCAGCAGCAGCGUUGCCGGGGUCGCUGUCUGUGGAUAAUCAGCAGAGAUUAAACACCCGCUGCUUUCUGGUCCAGGUUGGUGGCAAAUAUCGGAUAGAACGAUCCAGAGUUGUACUUUUGGUCGCCUCCUGAGAAGCAUCUGUCCAGCACCUGCGAUCUCUGACCUUUCCUGAGCCCCCAGGCCCACCUGUUGUUCCAGUACUACAGCAAAAUGCUGAGCCAGGCGUUCCUAGAGAAGAUGAGGUCUUUAGACCUGGAAGACAUGAGCCAGUAUAUCAUGAGCAUCUCCACCCCCAUGUUGGUCAGCAUGGGAGCAGUGGCCGCUGCCACCACCUACUACCUGGCUACGCGACCCAAAGCCCUCCCACCGUUCUGGGACCUGCACACGCAGUCAGUCGAGGUUCCGGGCAGUGAUUUUGUGCAUCGCUCAGUGCUUCAGAAAGAAGACAGUUACCUGACUCACGCCUAUGAAGACGCCAGAACUAUGUACGAGUCUUUCAUCAGAGGAGCAAGAGUUUCCAAUAAUGGUCCCUGUUUGGGCUUCAGGAAACCAAAACAGCCUUAUGAGUGGAUGUCUUACAAAGAGGUAAUGAAGCGAGCAGAACAUCUGGGUUCUGCGUUUCUUCACAAAGGACAUUCAAAAAUCACCAACCCCCACAUUGGUGUUUUUUCUCAAAACAGACCAGAGUGGACCAUCAGUGAGCUGGCGUGCUACACCUACUCCCUGGUGUCCGUCCCUCUGUACGACACGCUGGGAACAGAGGCCAUUUCCUACAUCAUAGACAAAGCUUCCAUCUCUGCCAUAGUGUGUGACGUGACGGACAAAGCCAGCCUGGUGCUGGACUGCCUUGCAGACAUGAAGCACUUGGUGAAGACCAUCGUUCUGAUGGAGACCCCCAGUGCCAGCCUGGUGGAGAGGGGCCAGCAGGCCGGAGUCCACAUCCUGAGCCUGCAGGAAAUGGAGGCUCUCGGUGAGGCCAAUUACAAGCAGCCGAUUCCUCCUCAGCCUGAUGACAUGGCAGUCAUCUGCUUCACCAGUGGAACCACAGGAAGCCCAAAAGGAGCGAUGUUAACACAUGGCAACAUUGUGUCCAACUACUCUUCCUUCAUCAAACUAACAGAGCUGUGCUGUCCGCUGAAUUCCAGUGACGUCCAUAUUUCCUACCUCCCUUUGGCUCAUAUGUUUGAAAGGGUAGUCCAGGGGGUCAUGCUGGUGCAUGGAGCCAGAAUCGGCUUUUUCCAGGGAGACGUCCGCCGGUUAUCGGAGGAUCUGAUCGCACUGAGACCUACCGUGUUCCCAGUUGUACCCAGACUUCUCAACAGAAUGUAUGAUAAGAUCUUCGGGCAGGCCAACACCUCUUUGAAGCGCUGGCUGCUGGACUUGGCGUACAGGAGGAAGCAGGCAGAGGUCAUGAAAGGCAUUGUGCGGACAGACAGUAUCUGGGAUCGACUCAUCUUCAGGAAGGUCCAGGCCAGCCUCGGAGGCCGCGUGCGUCUCAUGGUGACAGGAGCGGCCCCCAUCUCCCCUACAGUCCUCUCCUUCCUCAGAGUUGCUAUCGGCUGUCGGUUCUACGAAGGCUACGGGCAAACGGAGUGCACCGCCGGAUGUACGAUGACCCUUCCUGGCGACUGGAGUGCAGGUCACGUCGGACCGCCUCUGCCCUGCAACGUCAUCAAACUGGUGGAUGUCGCUGAGAUGAACUACCUAGCUGUAAACGGGGAAGGGGAGGUGUGUGUGAAGGGUCCAAACGUCUUCAAGGGCUACCUGAAAGACCCAGAGAAGACCGCAGAGACUAUAGAUGCAGACGGAUGGUUGCACACCGGAGACAUCGGGAAGUGGCUCCCUAACGGCACGCUGAAGAUCGUCGACAGGAAGAAGCACAUUUUCAAGCUGGCCCAGGGCGAGUACAUCGCUCCUGAGAAGAUUGAGAACAUCUACAUGAGGAGCGACGCAGUGGUGCAGGUGUUUGUGCAUGGAGACAGUCUGCAGGCUUGUCUGGUAGCGGUGGUGGUCCCUGACCCCGACUUCCUGUGUAGCUGGGCCAAGAAAACGUUGAGGCUGCAGGGAAGCUACCAGGAGCUGUGUAGGAAAGCGGAAGUCAAGGCAGCCAUCUUGGAAGACAUGCUGCGGCUUGGCAAAGAAGGAGGCCUCAAGUCCUUUGAGCAGGUUAAGGCCAUCCACAUUCAUACGGAGAUGUUCUCCAUCGAGAACGGCCUGCUCACCCCAACAAUGAAGGCCAAGAGGAACGAAAUGCAGCAGCACUUCAGGUCCCAGAUAGAUGAGCUGUACGCUGGGAUCAGCAUGUAGCAUGGCUCACAAGCUCCAUCUGUGUUGUGAAGAGAGAAAGAGGCGACAAGAAACUCCAAGGUGUCGAUCUGGAACACAAGAAACGAGCAGAGCAGGCCGACAUGCAGCUUUUAGUGUUUGUCAAGCAUUUCCAAGAUGGGAUCUUUGGAACACUAAACCUCCCAGUCCAGAGGAGUUUUUACACAUGAAGUGUUUUCUAUGAUCAAACCUCACUACAAUACAAAUGUAUGAUUUUUAAAAUAUUUUUUAAGAUGAUUCCAAUCAGCUCUUAUGUGAAAAUUUCAAAGGGAAACAGUCUCUCCUGCUCCAUCAGGAAUCAUGGUGGGUACAGCCACAUGUACAAACUGAUCACAUGCCGGAUAUUUAAGCUAAUGGCCCUUCUAUUUCUAUUAGUGCACACUCAGCGUGACUUGCUACAUGCUAUCAGACCCUUUGAUUUUGCUGGAGUUCGUGACAUCAGAAGACUAUUGGUCACUUAUUGUUUAGGGGUGGAGCCUCUGUUUGCAUCACAAGAGUGAUGUUCUUACAAUAAUCUGACUGGCAUUCAUUGAAACUCCAAACAAAGACAAAAUUUGACAAAAAGCCACACGUCGAGCUAUAGUACUAGGUGUUAGUGGAAAAAACCACAGCAUCUCAACCAUUUUUAGAUCAGCAUGGUCAUCGCUGUACAUUGGAUGUACAUUUAAGCUGUUUUCACUGUGAAUAUAUGAAUAAGCUUGGUGCCUCAUGAACUAGUUCAGUCACUGAGGACAACACAGUCUGAUCUAGCUGUGUUUGGAGAACUCGGGAACCUAUGGGAAAAAUAUGGGAAAUCAUUUUAAUUUAUUAAUUUAUUUAUAACGAUGAUUAGAAAAGGAUACUGGCUAAAGCACCUUUCUUAACUGAAUGUUCUUUUGUAAUGAAAAGUUAAUCACUAGGUUUUCAUUUUGUAAAAGAUUUCAUGAAAGAAAUAUUAAAAGAUCGGUGUAAACUUUG